UGUCGGGAGAUAUUUAAAAUUAGUAAAUUACUUUGGAACCUGAAAAACCCCUUGCAAGUUGCGUUAGCUGCAAUGGAGGGAACCUUGCUACCCCUAUCCUCUCCAACCCCUACCAAACCCAACAAUAACUUCAUUCUCUUCCAACGCUUCACUUUCCCUUCUUCACUUAAUCACUUCCAAAAAACCCUCUCCACUCCCAAACGCACCGUCUUGACAGCUUCCUCUCGAAACUCACACCGUAGCUCUGCACUCGCUCUCCACGAAACCGCAUCCGUUUCGGAGAAAACCGACGCCUCUUCCUUUGCCGCUUCCGCUUUGCCCAAAAUCGACAAGACCGGCAGGUUCUGCAGCCCCAGAGCCGCCAGAGAACUUGCUCUGUCUAUAAUUUAUGCUUCUUGCUUGGAAGGUUUGGACCCGGUUCGGUUGUUCGAGAAACGGAUGAAUGAGCGGCGAGAACCCGGUUAUGACUUUGACAAGGAGAAGUUGUUGAAGUAUAAUCAUAUGAGUUUUGGAGGGCCACCUGUUACUGUUGAAUCUGUUGAAGAAGAGAAUGAACUGCUAAGUGACAUUGAGAAGGAGUCUGCUGUUGAAGCUGAAGUCCUUGCAGCUCCUCCAAAGCUAGUAUACAACAAACUGAUAUUGAGGUUCACUAGGAAAUUAUUAGUUGCAGCGAGGGAUAGAUGGGAUGCUAAUGUUGAUGUCAUUAACGAAAUUGUCCCACAAAAUUGGAAGAACGAGCCAGCAGGCAGGAUUUUAGAGCUUUCUAUUCUUCAUUUGGCAAUGUCUGAAAUGACGGUGCUCGAUACAAGACACCAAAUUGUCAUCAAUGAGGCUGUGGAUCUUGCUAAACGGUUUUGUGAUGGAGCAGCCCCUCGUAUCAUAAACGGUUGCCUCCGUACAUUUGUCCAAGGCCUGGAGCUCGGGGCAUCAGAAACUGAGUUUAGUUGAUUUCUAUGGAUAUUUCAUAUUUAUGUGUUCAUUGCCUUCUGUUUCUUGAAACUCCCAGUAUAGAUUCAAGGGAAAAUUGAUCACCCAUGAUUGGAUACAGUUAUGUUGAAGCAUUAUGUAUGGGUUGGUAUCGGUUACGGAAGGCAAUGUUUGACGCAGGUGACUAGGUGUUAUAUUUGAUACAGGUCACAUGACUUUGAAAUGUUGCAUCAUGUGUAGUGUAUGUUAUUUUAAUAUUUUUGUUGUCCAAUUGUAAUAAUAAUUUCAUAAUUUGUUUAAGUUAGAUGAAUUGAUUA